UAUCGCUCCAGCCCGACUUAUUACUGUUUUUGGCAUAUUGAAUAUGCCAUGGGUAACUUGCCUGGCUCUGCCAUGCUGGUGGGAUACUCUUGGUAGCUUGCUGGGCUCUCCGAGAGGGAUGGAAGAAUUGAACCUGGGUCAGCCACGUGCAAGGCAAAUGCCCUACCUGCUGUGCUAUGGCUCCAGCAUGUUUGGUCAAAGAGGAUGGCCUUCACUGUUUACAGACGGACGGUCUUCAGCCAAGGGUAUACAAAUAGCUGCACUCCCCUGCUAGAACCUCCAAACAAGCUCUCUCAAGGCUAAAAAAGUACCCUUCUGAUUCUUGCUGAGAGCCAUUGGGACGUUCAACGUCACUGUCACUGUCAUCCCAUUGCUCAUCGACUUGUUCGAGCGGGCACCAGUAACGUCUCUCAUUGUGAGACUUGUUACUGUUUUUGGCAUAUCCAAUAUGCCACGGGUAGCUUGCCAGGCUCUGCCGUGUGGGGCAGAGGAAUCGAACACGGGUCAGCCUCGUGAAAGGCGAACGCCCUACCACUGUGCUAUCGCUCCAGCCUGGGACAUGCAAUAGAGAUGGCAAUAGGACCAGGCCAGGCUGGGGAACCCCACCUGACCCCGUUGACUGCUGCUAGGCAAGGCCUCCCUGUAUCUCCAGCCUUGCCUCUGGUGUGUGGGGGAAGCGCUGCUCAGGCCUGAUGCUGAUCUCUUCUGACAGCUGCUCCUGAGGCCAGCAGGGUAGGGAGGGCAGGGAGGAGGGACCAGAUUUAAAGGUUCAGCUGUCCCGCCCCCUGCCAGACCUGGGAGGGCAGUCGCUGGUGAGCAUCCUGAGGCUGCGGCUCUCACGGGAAUGAGAAGUCAGGCACCUCAACUCUGAUUCUUGCUACCAGGAUUAUCCCGUCCUCAUUCCUUCUAGCCAGAAGACUCGUGGCUCCCACCAUGCGAUUUCGAUGCUUCACUCCUGGCUACUACCGGUUACUCCAGAUGCAAGUAGACGGGGAGCUAAAGGCAGAGCCCCGGCGCCCACUGGCUGGCCUGACGGCUACACUGCUGGCCGUGCUCGGACUGAGUAGCUCCUGCUAUGCCGUGUGGAAGAUGAUGGAGCAGCAGCGGCAGUCACAGGCCCACGGCGAAUCUGGGCUCCGGUGGUAGGUGACUCAGAGGGUCCAGUCUGGGGAGCGCCCCUUUUUUUCUGAAUUCGGUCUCUGUCUUCUCUUUAUCAUAAACUGAAUGGUAUCAGCCUGAUUCUAUUUCCCUCCCCUCUAUCCCUACUGUACUUGGGCUCCCCCAGAGCCCCCAGUU